AUGCCGCCUUCUGUCAAUACCCUCUUCAAGUUCACCAGGGAAGGAUACUCGGUGAACGUCACGAACAUCGCCGAUGCAGUUUCGAAGCGUGAAAUCCUCGACCUGUUCAAUAAUCUCAUUGGCGACAUCAGCAAGUGCGAAGAACUCUGUGAAGGAGGGCGCCGAUAUUUCUCAUUGACGUUCAACUCUCAAGACACCGCAAAGAAAGCGCUGUGCAUGUCAGGGUACAACGUCGAUGGCUCUCCUCUGGUUGUCGCCGCGGUUCAAGCUUCAGAAGCCCCCCGCAUCGCAAAACCUGGCAAGCAAUCGGAUACCCGCCGCAACCUAUACGUACUUGGACUGCCGUUUGACCUCACAAAAACCGAGUUUUCGGAGAUCUUUUCUCGUUUCGGCACAGUCGCGCAUGCUGUUAUUCUAGCCACAGUGGAUAAUGCCUCGAGGAGGCGCGGGUUCAUCGUAAUGAACCAGCACCAGGAAGCGAGGGCGGCCAUGGAUGCUCUCAACCGGAAGGAGUUAAAAGGUCACAUUAUCGAUGUCUCGUGGGCGGUCGUCCAGCGGUCCGAAGGCUUCCUCGAUGGAGGUGAUCGGGCCACGGUUCUGUCAAAUCCAUCUCCGUCGCCCUCACCUCUGCCAUUCGAUGUCAAGAGCAUCAGUCCGACGCUCCCGCCCCUCCAAGCAUCCAUUAUCGUCACUCCUCCUAUUGAACGACCUCCCCCAUCUCGUGCUUUGCCUCCCUCCCCGGCCCUCAUCAUCAGAAACUUGCCGGCCAUGCUAUUCUCUCAGGUCUCAGAUCUGCAUCCUCUGCUUGGGCCUUAUGGCGACGUCAAGAAAUUGGAAAUCCGCCCUACCUCUGGAGAACGUCACUUCGUAUCGGCGAUGGUGGAGUACGCUUCCGUUUCUCAAGCAGCGGAGGCUGCGCAGGCUCUUCACGGGCAAGCAUACUCCAACACUCCCAUCUCGGUCGAGUUUGUGCGUGAUCUCUUGGGGCGAGUCGAUCCGCAAGCAGGUUUGAAUCCUCACGCUGCCCCUUUCAUGACGCAGACUGGGCUUCCUGACAAUGCUGCCCUCACCUCGGUCACCCCGCUCUACCCUGGGUCGAACAUCUCUCAUGCUAAUCUGGCCGCUCUGUCGAAGGGCGGUCUACUGGCCGUCAAUCCUCAUUCCCUGUCCCCGUAUGGCGCGCCUUUGCUCUACGUUCCCUUCGCUGGAGUGCGACCCAGCUCUGCACCGACUACGUUAGUCCUUCCCAUGAUAUCUGUGACUAUCCGCUGA